AAAUCCGGGUUUCAAGUCCGCACUUUGAAAAAAUUGAAAGCUUAAAAUUUGUUUCCCCCAAAAAAAAAAAACAAAAAAUUUAAUUAAAAAAAAUUCUCACUUUAAAACACUCUCUUCUCUCUGGCGAGCUUUUGAAUGAUUAUAAACAGUCCGUAACUCGCUAUUUGGAGGGCAAGAUAAACAAGCGUUGCUGUUUGAAGCAUUUAAUUUGAAUUGGUUUGAUUAUGGGUGAAGAAGAAACAAAGACCAAAGUCCCUGACCCAGUGGCUAACGGGACUUCUCUUCCGGAAAAAUCCAGUGAAGUUGUAGCAGAGAAAAAAGAGGAAGAAGAUAAUGGGGUAAAGGAAAUGGAAGAAGAUAAGAAAAAUGAUGAGAAAGUUGAGACUGAGAAGAUGGAUGAAGACCAACCGGUCAAGGAUGACACAGAAAGCAAAGAGACGGAAAAAGAAGAAAAGGAGGAACCUAAAACUGAAGCGAUGGAAGAAGAAACCAAUGCAAAAGAAGAUGUUAGGAAAGUUGCGGACGAUGAAAAUAAAGAUGAGGAGGAGGAGAAGGUGGAUGAGUUGAAAGAAGAAGAUGAAGAAGAGCAGGAAGAGAAGGCUGAAGAAGAGCCGAAAGAAGAAGAAGAUGAAGAGGAGCAUGAAGAAAAGGAUGGAGAUGAUGAAGAGAAGGAUGGGGAUGAUGAAGAGGAACAAGAAGAGAAGGCUGAAGAAAGUGAGGAGGAAAAAGGUUCAAAGAAGCGUGGGAAAGGUAAAAAAACUGAGGAGAAAGUUAAGGGGAAGACAAAGAAGUUGGAGGAGAAGAAGGAGCCAGAGCAAAGAACUCCUCUCACUGAUCGACCUGUGCGUGAGCGGAAAUCUGUUGAAAGACUUGUUGCAUCUAUUGAAAAAGAUGCUUCUAGGGAAUUCCAAAUUGAAAAGGGCAAGGGUACUCCACUUAAAGAUAUUCCUAAUGUGGCAUUCAAGUUGUCUAGACGGAAGACUGAUGACACUUUCAAACUUCUUCAUAAUGUUCUCUAUGGAAGGAGAGGGAAGGCUACUCAGAUUAAGAGUAAUAUUUCCCGAUUUUCUGGUUUUGUGUGGCAUGAUAAUGAGGAAAAGCAAAAAGGUAAAGUAAAAGAGAAGCUUGACAAGUACAAUAAAGAGAAGUUAUUGGAGUUUUGUGACGUGCUUGACAUACCAGUUAUAAAGGCUACUACAAGGAAGGAAGAUAUCAUUAUAAAGCUGAUGGACUUUUUGAUGGCUCCUCAUGCUACAACCACUGUUCUACUUGCUGAACAAGAAAAGUCAAGUAAGGGUAAAAAGCGCAAAAGGGUUACGAAGUCUGGGACCACAGUUAAACGAUCAACAAAGAGUCGAAGAAAGAGUGAGGAUACUCCAAAAUCUAGGAAAAAGAAUUUGCCUGAUUCGGAGGAUGAGUCUGAAGAAGAGGAGGAGGAAGAAGAAGAAAAGGAAGAAGAAGAGAAGGAAGAGGAACAGAAUGAAGAAGAGAAAAAUGAAAAUGGAGUUGCAGAAAAAUCUGAGGACGAGAUGCCUGAGGAUUCUGAAAGUGAGGAGAAAAAUGAAACUGAAGAUGAAUCUGAAGAAGAUGUGGGAAAGAAGAAAAAGAGUAGAAAAGUAUCAUCUGGAAAGAAGGAAUCUGCUGGAAAAGCUAAAACGAAGAAAGUGUCGAUUCCCAAAAAGUCUACUCCACAGAAAAGAACCCCAAAAACAUCAGCAUCUAAAAGUUCAAAGGCAGAUGAUGAUAGUGACAAAAGUCCAAAGGUGUCUUCGAGGAAGAAACCGGAGAAGGUCACUAAGGAAAAGUCCUCUACACCGAGUACAUCUGUGUCCAAGGAGAAAACCAGCAAAAGGGCUGGAAAGGGGAAGGACAAAGCUAAAGAGCAAAAACUGAAGCCAAGUGAUCAUGAACUAAGGGAUACAAUUUGUAAAAUUCUUAAGGAAGUGGACUUCAAUACGGCUACAUUCACUGACAUUCUGAAGCUUCUUGCUCAACAUUUCAAUACUGACCUCACCCCGAGGAAGUCAUCAAUCAAGCUCAUAAUCCAGGAAGAACUUACCAAACUAGCUGAUGAGGCCGAUGACGAAGACGACGAAGGAGAUGCCGAGAAAGAUGAAACCCAAUCUGCUGGUCAAGAGGUUCAAGCCUGACUCUACAAGAUGGAUAAUAACUACAUGCAAAAAGGACAAAAAGGAAAUGUAGGUAUUCAUGUCUUGUGCCAAUAUGUACUUUUUAGUUGUUACUUAGAAGGGUUUGGUUGUAAACUAUUGUUGCUUUUUCCGAUGAGCAAAUUAGCAUUUAUGAAAAAUACUAGAGGGGGAAACUGCCGUUGCACCCAUCUGUGUUGCAGGAUAUGUACAAACCAUUAACAUAAUCUGUAGGAACUUUACUAUCUGAAAAACCAAGUACUUUUGAGUUAUAGAACACAGCUGCAUGUGGUUUUUUCUUAA